UGCAGGGGGCUGGACCCCGAGGGACCCCACACCAAGUCACUGGCAGCCCUCAGGCUGCAGCCUGGGCUGUCCCUGUCCCGGCUGCUCGCUGCAGGACACCUGGAUGGGUCCCAGUUCAGCCGGUGCCACUCCUCUCUUCCAGAGCGCCUGACCGUGUCCUACAGCCGGAGCAGCGGCCCCGGGGGGCAGAACGUCAAUAAAGUGAAUAGCAAGGCAGAAGUUCGGUUCCACCUGGCGUCAGCAGACUGGAUCCCAGAAGCCACAAGACAAACAAUGGCAUCGAUGCACAGGAAUAAGAUAAACCGAGCGGGUGAGCUGAUUGUGAGCUCUGAAGAGAGUCGCUACCAAAUGAGGAACCUGGCGAUCUGUCUGGAAAAAAUCCGAACCAUGGUCACGGAAGCUACGGAGAAGCCCAAGGUGGUGUCCAAGGAGACAACACAGAAACUCAUAGAGAGGGUGGAAAAAAUGAACCGUGAACGCCUACGACAGAAAAAGAUACACUCAACUAUAAAACAGAGCAGGAAGGCAGACUUUGACUGA